CUUUCAGUAAUUUUAAGAAUUUUUAGUGAAGAAUGGAAACAACAGACAAAAAAGACGAAAAUGUCACCUGACUUUCAUGUGGGGAUGAAAUCUCCAGAACCCAUAACGGGAUCAAGUGAGGUCAGGGUCAUGAUAUGUGCACAGAAUGUGCUAAACUUUAUGUAUGUAAUGUACUAUCUGACCCUGAGGCUAAAAUCCCAGCAAAAUGCUCUCUCUGUAAUUUGGAAUUAAACUCAGUGCAGCUUGAAAUGCAAAUGACUCCUGAACAACUAGAAAUUUACCUUAUGUACAAAGCUAUGAAGGAAGUAGAUCCGAAACUUGACAAGGUGAUGUCCUGUCCCUUCUGAAAGUAUUUCGAGAUCUGGACGAUUGAUAACUCUUCAAACUACUUCUACUGUAAAAAGCCAGGUUGCCACAAAGGAAGCUGCUCAGUGUGAUUUAAAGAAUUCGAAAUCCCAUCUAGCUCUUAUGUCUAUAAACAAGAAUUUGAAGAACUUAAAUCAGAGAGCGGCAUGUUUAGUCAUCAUAAAUGAUUUAAGCAUCGUAAGGCUAAGAAAGCAUGGGAUAAAGCUCUUGAGAACGGUACUAAAAGAUCCUGCCCUGAAUGAAAAGUUGGAGGAGUCAAAGAUGAUGCCUGAACUCAUAUGACUUGAGAUAACUGCAACACUGUCUGGUGCUACUUUUGAGGAAAGAAAGAUAGUGACUUGGAUAAAUCAGAUCCUAAAGGAAACAUCUACAAGCAUAACGAAGAUUGGGAAACUAAUUCAAAAAGAUGCCCGAUGUAUUUAACUCAGAUAAGUGCGAUUGACCCUCGUUGGAGUUCACAUUCUGAUCAAGAAGCUAAGGACUUCUUUCAUAAAAUUAGAACUUAUAAAAAGAUUAAGAGAUUUUUCAAAAAAUACAGCCACAAGAAGUUCUAUAAACUCUGAAAAGUAUUCCCGAUGGUAUCCCAACAUGGGUAUGACCUAGAAGAAGUGUUUACCAUAGAUCUUAAAUUAAUAAAAAGAUAAAUUCCUUCGUUUUCAA